ACUCUAGAGAUUAACCUACACCAUGUCAGGAAGAGGCAAAACCGGCGGAAAAGCCAGAGCAAAGGCAAAGACCCGCUCCUCCCGUGCCGGGCUCCAGUUCCCAGUCGGUCGUGUCCACAGGCUGCUGCGUAAAGGAAACUAUGCCCAGCGUGUUGGUGCCGGAGCCCCCGUCUACCUGGCGGCUGUGCUCGAGUACCUGACCGCUGAGAUCCUGGAGUUGGCCGGUAACGCUGCCCGUGACAACAAGAAGACCCGUAUCAUCCCCCGUCACCUGCAGCUGGCUGUCCGCAACGACGAGGAGCUCAACAAGCUGCUCGGAGGAGUCACCAUCGCUCAGGGAGGAGUGCUGCCCAACAUCCAGGCUGUUCUCCUGCCCAAGAAGACCGAGAAGGCUGCCAAGAAGUAGAGACCCAAUACUGACCUCAACAAACACAAAGGCUCUUUUAAGAGCCACCACAUCACAACUAAACAGCAAAUUCUUAUUAUAUGUGAAGUCAAUUUUAUACUGUCGAUAAUUUAAGCACGUUAUUAAAACAACCUAUAAUUUUGAUAAAUGCUCCAUCACCACAUCUAAGAAUAAUUCAUUUGGUUUAAUACUUCUGCUUCAUACCUUCAGAAACAGUCAUAAACAUGAAUGAAUGUAGGCUACUGUGUAUUAGACAUGAUGGUUACAGUUACACACAAGUAUUUCUCAUAUUGCAUUGAAUUAGGCCUUCAUCUUACACAUUGUCUUGGAUGCAUGUCUUAAAUGUGAAUAUCAAGUCCUGAUUUGUUCAGUGGCAGACUCCUUAAUAGAAGUUGUGGUGGCUCUUAAUAGAGAACCACAUUAUAAUUUAACUGUACCAUUAUUUUCUCUAGUUCUACAUGAGAUGUGUUGUCUUUGAAA